AUAGGAUAUCUCGUCAGAAUCUUUAACUUGAACCCAAUGGUCGGAUAACCAAUUCAUCAAUUCAUCAACCACCAAUCAUGAAGCAUAUCAAUUCGCCAUCAAGCAUCACUGGCGAUCAACCCCGCAUCAGUACAGAUAUAAUUAAGAUCAAUCUGCCUCUAUUAUAAGUCUCAUGAUCGACUGUUCGACUCAUUAUUAUUUCUAAUCAGUGAAAAUGUCGCCAUCUGCCACCACAGCUAGCCCAACAGGCCAAUCCAUCCUAAACACAGCAAAAGCCCAAGAUGGCAAAGUGAAACGCAUUCACAAGAUUCCAGAGUUUUCCACCAGAGAAGCUACAAGACAAUGGCAGCUGGGGCAAAUGGCUGCAGCAUUUCGUGUGUUUGCCAAACUUGGGUAUGCUGAUGGAAGUAGUGGCCAUAUUAGUUUGAGAGAUCCUGUUGAUCCAGAUACCUUCUGGAUCAAUCCAUACGGCGUUCACUUCGGAUUAUUGACCGUCUCUGAUAUGGUCCACAUUGAUGAGAAUGGCAAUCGUAUCGGGGGUGCAGAGAAGCCGGUUAACACAGCUGGUUUCAUCAUUCACGCUGCAAUUCAUAAACGCCGUCCAGAUAUCAACGCCGCUUGUCACCUUCACAGUCCCUACGGCCGCGCCUGGUCAACCUUCGGCAAGCCCAUCGAGAUGAUCAAUCAAGACAGCUGUAUGUUCUACAACGAUCUCGCAGUCUAUGCCAAUUUUGGGGGAGUCGUUUUCGCCAAGGAAGAAGGCAAUAGGCUUGCUGAUGCUCUUGGAACCACCAAGAAGAACAUCAUUUUGCAGAACCACGGCCUUCUUACUUCGGGUGGUACGAUUGGUGAAGCAGCAGCGUUCUUCAUCGCUUUGGAACGAGCUUGUCAGGCACAAUUGCUUGUAGAAGCUGCCGUGGCUCCUAACGGAUCUCAGCUCAAGAAGACUAUCGUGAGUGAUGAGGAGGCGCAAUAUACGAAAGACAACACAGGGAGUCCUGAGGCGAUGUAUAUGCAGUUUGAGCCCGAGUAUCAGAUGCUCCUCAAGGAGUCGAAGGGCGACUUUUUGCAAUAAGGAAACAUAUUGUCGCAGAAUGAAAAAUGCUGUCAAUUGGACAAAACUUGAACCUCUGACGAUAUGCUGGGCAUUGGAACAAUAUCUUGACCAUUUCUCUAAUUUGUCUCCGGGCAGACGGCCCUAUGGCUAAAUACUC